AUGCUACGCAAUGUACUCAUCAUGGCAUCUAGCGGCAUCGUACUCUUUUCCAAAGAGUAUGCAAACGCUGUCGCACAGCCUCGAUUAGUCGGUUCGUUGAUCACUGCAAUGCUUGAAUUUUCAAACAAAGCGAGUGGAGCUCCAGUAUCGUAUAUUCAAAUGUCUUCCGUGGCCGUUACGAUGAUCACGAACGAUAAACACAAAGUUUUUUGUGCCAUGUUUCACGAUACAACCGACGGCGCGAGUUAUUCGGCAUUUGUGGCGCAGGAAUUAUUGACAGCGUUCAUUGCGCAGCAUGGCGAUGAAUUGGGCAAUAUGGGACAUAAUUUACGCGACUUUCAUCGCUUUCAGUAUCGAAUUCUUAGUGUAAUACGCGAUUCAGUGAAGCCAGUUGUUCGAAAGUUACAAAAGCAACGUGGUAUUUUAAAAGCAAUGCUUGUAGUGGACGGUGCCGUGACGUGUGCAACAGGAGACGUGGAUCCGAUUGGUGUGUUGGCUAAUCUUCAGGCGCUUGUUAAUAGCUCAAUUGAUAUGAUGUCAUUUUCGGGCGACGAUGUAAGCUCCAUGACGAUUCAAAGUGGACGAAAUUCGUGUAUACAAGUGAGCGUUGUGGAAGGAACGGAUGCUUUAAUUGUAGUUCAUAAAAAAGGAGCACAGACAUCGAAGAAUACGGCAGCAAUAGAUGAGUGCGUUCGAGCCUUACGUCACGUCUGUGCAUUAGCACGUACAUUACAACAAAAUUCACGAUGA